UUUUUUUUUUAUGAUGGAAAAGACAACAUUUAUAAUGAGCAAGGAGGAAUCGUAUACGAUCCGAUGGAGGAUGUUCUUACACAAAUUGAUGAUCCGGAUGUAAUUCUUGAAACAAUUACUAGUCAGAAAACCUAUUUAAGUGUUAAGCGCCCGGAGAAAACUGUUGAAGAGUCUUCUCCUAAAAAUCAACCGAAGGCUAUAGUACCAGAUUCGGAUAGAUCAUACAAAAACUAUAGCGAAUUUACCAGAGAGAUGUUUAUAGAUCGUAUGAUUGAAAAGCCUGAAGAACGUGGGUUGGUCGCCAAGGUUGCAAGUGACCUAAAUAUCAAUUAUCGCACGGCAUUAAGAUGGUGGAAUAGUUAUAAAGAAACAGAAGAGAUCCCAUAUAAAUAA